UUUUAGGAUCUAUCGCGAUAAAAUGUGUUGUUAGGUCAAGCCCAGAUGUGUCAAACCAAACAAACUACACUAACAACUGUGAUUUAUUUCCGUGGUUAAAUUCACCAAGGGGAUACGAUUAGAUAUGGCGUUGUCUGCCGUAGGUUUGUUGGAGUUUGACCCACUCCCGACAUUGCAAGAAGAUGAAGAACUGGUCACCCUGUCAGAUGUACUGCAGCUUAGAGAGGCCUGCCUCUUUGAGGCCGAAAUAUGGGCAGUAUGCAUGGAAACUUGUAAAGCACUAGAUUCAAUUCAGAAAACAUCAAUGGAGUUAUUUACUACAUUGUGUAUUGCUCCGGAAACUCUUGCUUUCAACACGACUGGCAACGUGUGCUUUAUCGACUCAAUUGAAGUUGUUCCCGAUCAACGCUACUUUCCUCCUGAAUUCAAAAAGUUUGGCAACUCACUCAAGGGUCACCUGUAUUCCCUUGGCAACACUUUAUGGUCAGCGAUAGAGUACAAUUUACCUGAUACAUUGGAACUUGAAAUCAGCGAUGAACUAAAUGAUUUAAUAACAUGUAUGUGCUUAGACCUCAUCAGAGAUAGACCCACAUUGAAUGAAGUACUUCGUAUUUGUGAUGAACAAUUACAUGGCCAAGACGCUCAACAUAUCUGCUACAAACUAUCAUCUAUUGGAUUACGAAUAUUGUCUAUAGAAUCACUGGAUAAUGUACAUUUUUCUGAAAAUGAUGUUGAACUGAAUGGUGAUAUCAAUGAAGACUUUAUUAAUGCCAAUUUCAAUGGAGUAGAUGAUAUUGAAGAAUAUUUAACAGAAAGAGGCAAUGUAAUAGAACAUAGGAUGGAUAAUAGAAGACCAGAAAGACUAUCCAGAACACAUACACAGUGUGUCCGUGAUGAGGAUACAGAGAAAACAGAUGGAGAACAAGCCAGCUCAGGGAAUACACUUGCUGCUUUUGACCAGCUGUCCAAAAGAGCCCAGGAAAUCUUAAACAAAUUGUACACGCCAAAGAAUGUGAACGGAAAUCUAAGUGAGGAAAGUUCACCCAGAAGUCAAACCAGUAGUGAUAAUGAUAACAGCAGUGAGAAUAAAACAAGGACUAAAACAACUUCAAAAAUUGAUUCUGAGGAUGGUAAAAACAUAUCAAGUAAAAUUCCUGUUCCUAAAAGAUACAGUAUUGACAAGCCAAAGCAGUCUGAGACAUAUUUAAGCCAGAAAGACCAAUACUUAUCACCAACAGAGGACACCAUGGGAUUUGUGCCCAUAUCUCUUAAUGAAGGGGAAAUGAGUAAUGCACUUGGCACUGAUGAAAAGUUGGAUAAAGAAUUACAUUUCAAAUCUACACAUAAGGAUCUUUCUAAAUCUGUGAAGUGUGUGUUGGAAGUCAGAAAUGGUCCGUUAAAUGAAGAGGAACUGUGGGCGCUUUGCAGGGAAUGUGCUAUAACAUUAGAGAAAAGCAGUGGAGUGCUGCCUUCAUACAUAUCACUGACAUCAACGAUAAUUCGUGACUGUGGUAUUGUAUCAUUUCAAAGCAUAUCGGGCAGUAGUAGCUUAGAAUCUAUGUUCCUUGCACCUGAAUUACAAGACCAAGGAAUUCUUAAUGAAAAGAGUUGCUUAUUUGGUGUAGCAGCUAUGUUGUGGGCAGCAGCAGAUUGGAAUCUUCCCGCAACAGAACAACCUGACAUUUCUGAGGAGUUGGAGAGCUUGUUUGUUAGAAUGACUCAGGAUGAUCCGGAUGAUAGGCCAGAUAUUGACUAUGUUCUUAAAGUAUGUGAUGAACAUGAAGACGAAACUGGAGUUCAGUCUUUAGAAGUUUGUCUUGAGCUAUGGAAAGAAACCAUUCAUUUACAGACAUGUGGCCCAUCAUUGGAAUUUCCUGAAAAAUCACUACCAAGAUUCCUUCCAUCUAAUAUGUCUGAAAUGUCAUUGGAAAGUAAUUCAUCAUCUUUUGUGGCGAUCAAUGUUGAAAAACCAGAACCAAAAAGAAGGACCCCAGAAACGUUUGUUAAUUAUGUGUCACCUCUGAAGCCAGGACAGGGGUAUCAGAAUCUGGGAUCUCCAGAAAGACCCUCAGCAUUUAAAAGUCCUCUAUUACCGAGAAAAGGAUUUGUGGAGGUGAAAGAUUCUUCUUUUAUGAGGAUUGACAGUGCCACUGAUAGUAGUGUUUCACCAUCCAGCAGUAAAGGAACACUGUCACCCAUGCAAGGACCAAUUCCUAGUAAACGAAACAAUAAUGUUGGUGAGAAUGUUGAUGAUGAUAAAAAGAUCAAUAGCAUUGUUGAUUUCACCAACUCACAGAGUCUAAUUUUAAAUCGUAGGACUAGAUUGCCUGAAUUUAAUGUUCCCAAUGCAUUCUCAUCACAGAACACGCAUUUUGCUCCUAUUAUUUUACAUGAGGAGAAUAGCAACACUGCAGCAGAAACAGAAUUGAGUAGACGCAAAGUAUCUAAUUCACCAGAUAAGUUUAAACAAAAAAUGGUGAAAGCCAUGAGAAUGGAAUUAAUUCGGUCCAGACCACCUGCCAGCCUGGUGUCUGACCUAGAGAAAGAUGCUGCAGAUCACAGUAGAGAGAAGGGGUCCAAAGACCGGUCAGGGAAAAAGAAGUCAAGAUCAAGAUCACAGUCUCCUAAGCACCAUUCCAAGUCUGGGGUCAGGGAUUCAUCACAUGAUAGGAAUGGCAGGAAAGAAAGAAGUAAACGGAAAAAGGAUGAUAGCGGAAAACACAGGGAAAAGCGAGAACACAAGAAAGCUGAGAAGAUUCCUGAAAAUGAUAAUGCUGAACACUCAACAUUGUCAAAUGUAGCUGAGAGUGGUCAUACUGAUCCACCACCACUCCAGAAUGAAUGCCAGGCAACAAUUCAAAAGACAAUAACAAAUCCACAACACGACCUGCCAACUCAAACAGUACAACCUGGUGAGAACCUUCCAAAGCAGGUACCACAGAUUGCAACUAUCCCUCCACAAGUAGUACCUCAACAUAGUCCUAAUUUCCAACAGAGCAGUCCAGCACAAAUUCCUGGACAGAUGACAAAUAGCCCUGCACAAAAUACGCCUCAGUAUCCUAUGCCUGGAAUGUUUCAAAAUUUUCCUUUUCAAGUGACGCUACAGCAGGAUCCAAUCAGCGGUCUCUUCCACAUUGUGCCAGUGGGGAUACCCUUUCCAGGAUUUCAACCAAACCCAAACCAGCAGUACCCUGGAAUGCAACAGAUUGCUGGCAUGCAGCCAUUUCAGCCUACUGGCUUACAAUUCAACCCAAUGCUUGGACAAUUUGCUGUGUCUAGUAGUGUUAGUAGUCCAACUGACAGUCAGGGUAGUCAGAGACUUAAAAAUUUACAACAAAACACUGUCGGGCAAACAAGUAAAAGUCAUGCUAACACUAGCAAGUUGACACCAACAUCAGACACGGAUUCAGACAAUGAACUAAAGAGCAGUGGAAAAUUUGACAUGAAAAAUCAGGAAUAUAGCAGAAAGAAAAAAGACAGAACGCAGACUAAGAAACAACAUCGAAAAACUAAAUCUACAGGACAUAUUGCUAGUGAUUCAGAGAGCAGUGAACCAAGUCCACGCCAAAAACAUGACAAGUUAAGACAUGAUGAGAAGGAGUUAUCAAUAUCAGAUAAAGACAGUCCUCGUUCAGAGAAAUCUGGAGAUAAGGAGAGAACACGGAAAAGAGUUGAACACAGAACACACAGAUUACACAGCAGAAGGGAUAUCCUUGAGGAAUUGGAUGAUACCAAACCACUUGAAAGCACUAAAGCUGAACCCAUCUCACCAUCAUCACCAACAUCCAUGUCGUCUCUUUCCAGAGACAGUGGAGUACACAUGCAAGCCAGUCUGUCCAGUGCUGAGGAGAUUACUUCUGUUAAUGACCAGCAUCUAAUGGAUGUUUUAUCCAGUAAUUCUGUUCUGAAAAAAGUGAUCAAACGUAUCAGGGAAGCCUUUGCAUUUGAUGGAUACUUGGAAAAUGGAGUUGAAGAUUUGGCUAUGGCUGAGUAUAUAACAUCUUUAGCCAACUUAAAGUGGACCACAUUCAGCAGUGCUGUCAGUGAAAAAUUCUGUGAUUUGUAUUGGGAGGAUGAGUUGUUGGAGAAACUCUAUGAAGCUGUCAAUCAACGAAGACCAAUCAGGAUUCCUAAAAGGCCACACAGUCCAAGACCAACAACGCUGACCAAAACAGUUACAGAACAUAUAUCUGACAACACUGCCUCAGUCACAGCCACUUCUUCACCAAGAGAUGUCAACAAAGAUGAAGAUGCCGAUGAUGAUGAUGAUGAUGUAGAUUUUGAUACUGAUUCAAAUGAUGGUGAUAUAGAUGAUCUUUUGUGUGGGUGCGAUUAUGAACCUUCAGUGUCGCCAACACCGUCGACUUGUAGUGCUGUUAUGAAAUCUAAAGUUGUAGCUGAUGCCAAGUUGUUUUCACGUGAGAGAGAACGAAGGUUAAGUGAAAAAGCUAAAGUUCCUGUUGCUAAGGAAACAGAGGAGGAUAAUCAGGAUAGCGGUGAUGAUGUUGUGAAAUCUAGCAGUGCCAUAGAAAACUUAUCAGACUUGAUCAAGAGCCUGUCAACUGAGAGUGAUGGUAAAAGUGAGCCGAGUUCACAGGAAUCAUCACCUAGAGAUGCUCCACAAAAUAGAAAAUCGGAGAAUCCUCCACUGACACGACAACGUGUUGUUGACUCUGACAUCAACUAUGCUGAACAGGCAUUGAACGAUAGUAUGAAAUCUGAUGAUUUGAACAAAUCCACCAUUAGUCUCAAUAGUACUAGCUCCGGACCCAGGUUUAUCCGGGUCAGGAGUGUUUCCGAUCACUCUGAUGGAUCUGAUCUGGAAGAACCAAAUGUUCCAGAGGUUAGUGAGCGGCGAUUCCGAAAAUCACCUCUUGCAAAUCCUACUACCAUCCGCCGUAGCAGCUCCUGUGGUGAUUCGGACUCUAGUACAGGAUCUAAGAAAGGAAGAAUUCGACGAGCUUUUUCUCGGACUAUAUCUCGACAUAACAGUGCUGCUAGUAGUAGUGCAUCAUCUGGGAUGUCCAGACCAGGAAGCCGUGGAGCUGCCAAUGCGGAUGAGUCUAGUUCCUCUCUGCCAAGCUCUAGCAUAGACAGGGCAAUAGAAAUGGCUAAAUCAAGGCCUAAUAGUGCAGUAUUCUUUGAAACUGAAGCUGUUGACCCUCUCAUAGUGGACUAUACUUGUCAGUUAGGAGAAUCUGGUGAUAAACAACAAAGCAUUGAAGCUAAAAUUGCUGAAGUGGAACAACAACUUAUGAUGGAGUACAGAAUGAAAGCAAAAUCAGAGAAAUUUUACAACAAGUUGGUUGAAUCACACAAGGGAAAAGAACCAGGGAAUGAUCAGAAAAACAUGGUUGGUAAGGUUGGAAAACAGAUUUCUGAGAUGAACAAGAAAAUAGAUUUCUUGGAUAGUGCCAAGCGUCAUCUUGAGAUGUUGUAUGCUGAACAGUGGGGAUUGGACCAUGUACUACUCCACUCAUUUGCAACUUGUACUUGUAAUCAGCCAAUGCAACUGUUGCCAAGUGAUGACAAUCCACUAUUAGUAUUCCACUCAACAAAAGAAGGACGAAUGUUACAAGCCGGUACACCAUCUGGAUUAUUUUCUUUUCUCUUUGCAAGGCAAGCAUUAUUGGAAGGAUAUCUACAUCAUUUUUUCUACACCUAUAAUUAUUUUGCUACUGCCAAAGAUCUAUUCAAAUUUAUCACUGACAAAUUUCUCAGUGCUUUAAGUGUAUCAGUGGAACAACAAGACAAUAGAAUGAAAGUACAUUGUAGAUCUAUAGAUAUCCUACAGGUAUGGAUUGAAGGUUUCUAUCAAGUGGAUUUCAGACCAGAUAUUGAACUUACACAAAAACUAGUCAGUUUCAUCAAAUAUAAGGUGGUGCCCGUGGAUCCACAAGGAGAAUUCCUUUUACAGUUGUUAGAAAAACAUCAAAAUGAAGUAGAGGAAAAAACGGAUGGUGUAUUUGUUUUUGAUGACUCCUCUGUUGGUGAUGUGGAUAAGACGCUGAAAGGUGCUGAAAGAACACCGCCAAAAAAAAAUUGCUCUGGGCUUGCCAAAGAAAGCACUGUCUAUCUCCAAGAAGGAACGCAGUAA